GUAACAAAGACCUUGGUGAGACAGAACAAGCAACGGACGACCGUUGUUUUUUGUGAAGCAGGCCUGCGGGCAAGAUGAUGCUCUCACGGCUGAAACCCGCUGUUGGAGGCGGUCCUCAGUCAGCGGAUAAGCGCAGAAAGAAAGGCAAACGGCUGCCGCAGCUGGAAGAUUUAUUAACUCAGCGAGAUUUCACUGGGGCCAUUGCCCUUUUAGAGUUUAAGCGUCAGGUUGGAGAACAGGAGGAAGAUGCAGAUCUCUGGAUUGGAUAUUGUGCUUUCCAUCUGGGUGACUACAAGAGAGCACUGGAGGAGUAUGAGGAUUUAACCAAGGGAUCUGCCUGCAACCCUGAUGUGUGGGUGAAUCUAGCAUGCACUUACUUCUUCUUGGGAAUGUAUACACAAGCUGAACAGGCUGCUUUGAAAGCUCCCAAGAGUAGACUUCAGAAUCGUAUGUUGUUCCAUUUAGCACACAAGUUUGGUGAUGAGAAGAAACUGAUGAACUUCCAUCAGAAUUUGCAGGAUAUAACAGAAGACCAGCUUAGUUUAGCAUCUAUACACUAUAUGCGAUCUCAUUAUCAAGAAGCUAUUGAUAUCUAUAAACGCAUACUGCUUGAUAACAGGGAAUAUCUGGCUCUCAAUGUAUAUGUGGCCUUGUGUUACUACAAGUUGGAUUACUAUGAUGUCUCUCAAGAGGUGCUAGCUGUUUACCUUCAACAGGUUCCUGAUAGUACCAUUGCUCUUAAUUUAAAGGCUUGUAAUCAUUUUCGACUCUACAAUGGGAAAGCUGCUGAGGCAGAGCUUAAAAGUUUGAUGGACAGUGCCUCAACAUCAUUUGAAUUUGCUAAAGAACUCAUUAAGCAUAAUUUGGUGGUAUUCCGAGGAGGGGAAGGGUCUCUCCAAGUACUCCCUCCACUGGUUGAUGUUAUUCCUGAAGCUAGACUGAAUCUAGUCAUUUAUUAUCUUCGGCAAGAUGAUGUACAGGAAGCUUACAACUUGAUUAAAGAUCUGGAACCUGCAACCCCUCAGGAAUAUAUUCUGAAGGGAGUAGUGAAUGCAGUACUUGGGCAGGAAAUGGGUUCAAGAGAUCAUUUGAAAAUUGCUCAGCAAUUUUUCCAACUGGUGGGAGGAUCUGCUAGUGAAUGUGAUACCAUUCCUGGGAGACAGUGUAUGGCUUCUUGCUUCUUUCUACUCAGGCAGUUUGAUGAUGUCCUAAUAUAUCUCAAUUCAGUGAAGAGUUAUUUCUAUAAUGAUGACACUUUUAACUUUAACUAUGCACAAGCCAAAGCUGCUACUGGUAAUACUAGUGAAGCUGAGGAGAUGUUCCUCCUGAUUCAAAGUGAGAAAAUAAAGAAUGACUUUGUUUACCUCAGUUGGCUAGCACGCUGCUAUAUUAUGAAUAAGAAACCAAGAUUAGCCUGGGAACUCUACCUAAAGAUGGAAACUUCAGGAGAAUCCUUUAGUCUUCUGCAACUAAUUGCAAAUGACUGCUACAAAAUGGGCCAGUUUUAUUAUUCUGCUAAAGCUUUUGAUGUCCUUGAAAGAUUGGAUCCUAACCCUGAAUAUUGGGAAGGCAAAAGAGGAGCCUGUGUUGGUAUCUUCCAGAUGAUUGUUGCUGGCAGAGAGCCUAAAGAUACUCUAAGAGAGGUAAUGCAUCUCCUGAGAAGUACAGGCAACCCCCAGGUAGAGUACAUUAUACGUAUAAUAAAGAAGUGGGCUAAGGAGAAUAGAGUUCCUGUUUAAACAGUGAUCAAGCGAAUGGAAGUCUGCCAUCUAUAUUGUGCCCGGCUGGAAUACUGUGUCAUUUUGUAGCAAUACAAAGAUUAUAAAAAUACAAAUCUAUUUAUUUUUACAUAUAUUUAAAUGUCUUUCAUGAAAACUAUACGUCAUGUAUUGUGAGGAGAAUCUCAUUUUGAUUCUAUUAUACUUCUCCCAAAUUUUAUUUUAUGUUACUAUUACUGUUGUAAUAUUAGUUGUACAUAUUAGCUUUAAUCUUCACCAUCUUUUCACUGUGUGACAAUCAGUACUUUUUGAGACAGUUCAAAAACUUGCAAAAUACUUAUUUUCCCGGGUCUUAUUUGGAAGCAGAAUAUCAAAAGAACUCUAGAAUUAGAUUUCAGAUUUUAGUUAUAAAAGUUCCUCACAAAGAAUCGGAAGCUAAACAUUUAAAAUGGAACACAAUAAUAAUCCGAUUUUGAUUAUGAUCUAAUGGACACAUGGAAAAGUAUUGUAAAUAAAUAAUGUUCCACUUUCAUUUGCAUAAAAUAUUACUGUUCAUAUCUUCAUCUGUUUCUAUAUUUUUCUUUCUGAUUAAAUUAGGGCUGUAAACUUGUCAUUCUGUGAUGAAAUGCAUUGGGAAAGUUAAAAGUUGGUUUCAGAAUAUAUUUAAUGCCUAAGGAAAAAUGUCUAAGAUACAAAAGAACAUUGGAAAUCCAUGAUAGAAUAUAUGCUUAUCUACUUGUACAUGUUCUAUGUAAAUAAUAUAAGUUGAUGCUGUAUGUUCAUUACAAUUUUUUUCAGUCUCUCCUGCAUUUAAUUCUGGAGCAAAAUUCCAAAAUAAAUUCAUUUAUAAAAUCACCUGUGAAUUCCUUUUUAUUCUUUGGGUAUGCCAUAUGGCUAGGUUUGGGGUUUGG